AUGGAAUUCGUGCUCACAACACCCGCAUUGUACGCGUGCGCCGACUCCGGCACUUCCAAGAAUGAUUUCGUCGAACGCCCGACAGAGACGGGCAUAGUCGUAAAGCAGAGCGCUAGGCUUUCGCGUCCCUUCGCGGCCGACACGCCUGAGUGGGCUGAGCCAAGCCGACGUGCCCGCGGCCGGGGGUUCGCGGAACCGCACGCGUCGCCUGCAGAUAGAUAUAGCGGCUUCGAUUCCGAGCGGCUCGUUGGCACUACG